AAUACUCGCAAGAAAUAAAAAUAAUAAUAAAUAAACAAAACAAAUGGAGAAAAAGAAGAUGAUGAUGAUGGUGAUGAGCUUGAUAAUAAAUAUGCAAUUACAAUUUAACUGGUUUUCGUGACACUCAUAACCGACAUUCCACAACCCAACCGCCGCGGCCGAUCGAGCCAACCAAGAAAAAUGCUAGUCUUUGGUUUAUUGGCUUUUGUUGCUUGCACAUUGGCUGCUCCUCAAAAAGAUGUGGAAAUUAUUUCUCAAAAUAGUGAUGUGAACAUUGACUCUUACAAGUUUGACUUCGCCACCAGUGAUGGAACUUCGCGUACUGAGGAGGGUGUCAUUAAAAAUGCCGGUACCGACAAUGAAGUUUUAGAGGUAAAGGGCAGCUUUACAUGGACUGCUCCCGAUGGUCAAACCUAUACAGUGAACUUCAUAGCUGAUGAGAAUGGUUUCCAACCUGAAGGCGCCCAUAUACCAAAAUAGACAACUACAAUUUAACUAAAAACAUUCUUGUUAACCAUUUACGUUCGCUUAGUAGAAGAAGAAGAAGAAGCUGAAGAAUAUGAAUAAGAAGAAGCAUGAAUAAAUACUCUCUUUAUAAUUUCCGACUUAAUCAUCCAUCGUACUUACUUAUGUAAACAAAAAUUUGUCUUGUUAUGUUUUGUAAAAAAAAAAUUUUUUAUUUUUAUUUUAUUUUGUUUUUGUAAAUAUGUUUAUCCUGUAAAUAAAAACAAUCUUAAUUUAA